GUUCACCUGAAAAAUGUCACCGCCAAAGACUACGGGCCCGCAUUCCGGGGUGGCUUGCUUAUUGAGUCAUUACGUUAUACCCAAGGAUGCUCUCUUUUGAGCAAGUUUUGCGGUUCGUUUAGAUGGGAGCAAAAGGAUUCCGGUUUGGGGGCGUGUGGCCCGCGCCGCUCUCAGAUCAGGCUGUAAGACGGAAGCAUAGUUAAAUAUCUCAAUUCGGGGGCUUCGACGUCCAAUGGACAUACAUUUCAACACUCAUUAAGACAGAAUGCUCUCUCUACGACAAAUUUUCCCGCUAAUAGCAAGCUUCGCAGCUACAGCAUCAGCUUGUACACCAUGCACCUCUCUGACUCUCUCGAAUCCGCCGCCUGGCACAUCCCUGAUCAACAUCACAUCUAUUGAACGACACGAUGUAACUGUAACAGGCACACGCUUCAACGGCACGGGCACUGUAUCCAACAUCUCCUUUUGUGAUGUGGAAAUCUAUCUCACCCACGGCUCAUCCCACGACGCCGUACGCAUUGCGGUCUGGCUCCCUCUUCCCAUACAGAAAUGGACCGGUCGCUUCAUGGGCACCGGAGGCUCCGGCUUUCGCGCAGGAAUAUUCGAUCCUGCCCUAGCAGAAGGUGUCGCGGACGGGUUCGCUGCUACUUCGACGGACGCAGGAGUUGGGAACGCAGGCGAUGAUCCUUCUUCCUGGGCGCAAAACCGCCAAUUGGUGAACAAUUUUGUGUACCUGAGUAUCCAUGAGAUGACCGUCGUCGGAAAACAAGUUGCUGAGCAGUUUUAUGGCAAGAAACCUACAUACAGCUAUUUCAAUGGAUGCAGUCAGGGUGGAAGACAAGGAUACAGGGCGGCAUUGGAGUAUCCAGACGACUAUCAUGGCAUUUCUGCGCAUUCACCUGGGAUCAACUGGGAUAGGCUGCUGCCUGGGUUCUUAUGGCCAUAUUUGCAAAAGCUGCAGACUCCAGGCUUGACUACUUGCAAAAUUGCCGGCAUCACAGCAGCUUCCAUUGCCGCGUGUGAUCCGGACGACGGCGCCGUGGACGGGUUGAUUAGUUAUCCACCGAGUUGCAAGUUUGACGCGACAAGUCUAGUUGGCAAGGAAAUUGCAGGCUGUGAUGUCGAUAAGACAAUCACAAAAGCAGAAGCGGACGCGUGGAACAGCAUACGGGAUGGACCCAAGUAUAAGUCUGGCAAGUCGAUUUGGUACGGCAUGCAGCCUGGAUCGGACAUUUCGUUUGUCACAUUGGCGCCGUUUGCACCGGGAGAAAGUUGGUUAAAAGACUUUAUCCUACGCUCCCCAAACUAUAAUACUUCAACUCUGACUUACGAUGACUAUCUCGCAGACUUUGCCAAGUCGGUAAAGACGUUUGGUCAGUCAUGGGGAUCACCGUCCGCUGAUCUCUCGGCGUUCAAGAAGAGGGGAGGCAAACUGCUCACCUUUCACGGAUGGUCCGACCAGUCUGUUCCAGGUGAGAGCACAAUUGAGUACUGGAACCGAGUCUCGCAGACGGUUGGUGGCGUGGACGACUUUUAUCGCCUGUUUAUGGCUCCUGGAGUAGGUCAUUGUGCAAGCUUCGGAUAUGGUCCUGGUCCGUGGUCUUUGAUGGAUACACUGGUGGAUUGGGUAGAGCAUGGUAAAGCACCCGAUACCCUGUUUGCUGCUGGGUUUGGUAAGACGCGGAACUUGUGUCGGUAUCCGAAGAGAUUGAUGUAUAAAGGUAGUAGUAGCGUCGAGAAUGCCUCGAGCUGGACGUGUAUUUAAUAUGAGGCUACUAGAGAAAGGCUGCGCGAACAUAUACAUAUACAUAUACAUGCAUACAUAUAUAUAACUUAUAUAUAUACUAUAAUAUAUUUCACCAGAGAAUAAGCCACACCCUGCAAAUUAGACUCAUAGCAACAAGCUAUAUUCCAUAGAACUCAUGCAGGUCUCGCGUAGCUCUCAACUAGAAACCUAUAUAGGCUAUAUAAGAGGUUAUUCCAGCAUACUAGUACCCUUUUCUUGCUGAACUUCUCUUCUUUAUCCUCGAGUACUUACAAGUUAAGUCGGUAGUUACUUAGGUAGUUAGUAAUAUACCUAGUUGAACUCAUUACGGUGAGCGGCUGCCACCCCAAAAAAACGCCGGGCGCGUUUCAGAAGGC